AUGCUCCAAAACGACGACGUACCACCAGAAUCGCUACCGCGGCCAGCGCGAGAAGCGAAUCUCGAAGAUAUCGCUCGAUGGGAGGUGAAGACUAAUGGCAAAGCAAUUUAUGAAGCCCGGGUGGACAUCGAGUCCUCGGCCGACACUUUCGAUUUCUAUGGUGGUGUCGCUGCAGCAGUUCUUCAGGGUACGACACUUUUUUUCGAGAAAAACUGA